AAUUUGCAUUUGGCAUUUGUUGCUGUGAGUGCAUAUUUGACACGAAAUUUAAUUAAAAAAAAUAGUAAUAUUUUCGAAAUUACAAACAAUUAUCAUUUAAUUAAUGUAACAACAAUUCGAGUUUAAAAGAAUGGAGGACCCAAGGAAAGUACUUAAAAACUUAAAAAUUGGGCAAAUUAUAAUGGCCGAAACAGAAUUGGAAUCUAUAAUUGCAAAAAUAUUAUGUUUGAGUGCAAAAUCAGGUUUUAUUGAACUUGAAAACGUUCGCAACUUAAAAACCAAUUACGUAUAUGCAACUCCACAAAUUUACACAUUUCAACAAAUAAUCUCAAUAAAAAUAGUAGCUGAUGAAGAAAGUAAUAAAGACACUUCGUCAUCAAUGCCGGCAUCGUCGCCUGAACAGUAUUCCAAACGAAAAGAAAUUGAAUCCAAAUAUAAUCUAAGCAACUGGGAAAUAAACGCUAUAAGUCAACAACUCGCGUCAGUUACUGUAAUCUACCAAUGUAGUCAAAGCUAUUAUGCGUCCAUAUCAGACAUAAAAAUGCAAUCAGUUAUAGGACUGGUAGUUGAACCAGUUAGCGGCGGUCGUAACAACCGAACUUCAAUUAUAGCAAUUUGUACUCAGAAAAAUGUAUAUAUAUAUGAUAUAACUAGCAUGGGUAAAUUAAUGCGUGACUUACGUCAAAUACUAGAAGCCAGUCGACCCAAAAAGGCGGUCCAUUACUCACAUUUAAUAGGUGAUCAUAUGGUGCAUCGACAUCAAUUACAAUUAGCGGGCUUAUUUGAUACAUACGUUGUACACAAGAUGCUUACUAAUUGCACGAAUUCGCUGAGUUUAUUGGAGCUACUGAAAAUAACCUUUUGCAUGCCUGAACAAUAUUUUAAAAAUGAAAUUAAAUCCAACACAUAUUUGUUCGAUGUGCAAAGACGACCAUUAGAGAAGAAUAUCACACAGCAAAUUGCUCUAAAAGUUGUAUUUCAGCUCAAGCUUUACGAAAUAUUGGUACACAAAAGUCUUUUAGCUCACGUAUUCGACAAAUGUUCACAUUUUUCAAAGCGUUUGACAGAAACGGAAUCUUCGGAAGCUGUUAUGCUGAUACAACCGGGUAAUACAAGGAUACACGAUGAAAUACAACCUGAUGAAGAAUGGACUAGCUUACUAAAUUUAUUAAAUAUUAAUGACUAAAUUCAAAAUUCUAUCAUUGAAGCGAUAAAUUUCAUUGAAGCGAUAAAAGCUUUAAAAUGAUAAAAUAAUUACAUUACAAAAACCAUAGAUACCGGAAGCAGUUGCUCGAUAUAAAAAAAUUGAAAGAACUGUAUGUGAAAAAG